CUUCACAGUAAGCUGCCACUACUACUACACGACUACACAGUCAUGUCGGAGCGAAGGAGGAUCUCUGGAUUUGACAGCGCUCAGUCUUACUACUACUGAGCCUGUAUGCACGAGGGAGAGGGCUGCUUUUUCUGGUUGUGUGGAUAUCGCCUCCAUGGACGGGCAACGGGGCUUUUACGAGAUGGAGAAACCGACAGAGAACCCCAGCAAGGCGGCGGAGUAUCUGAAGGAGUUGAAUAAAAUCAUCGAGACCCAGCAGGGGCUACUGGAGAAGCAGAGGGUCCGGAUUGAAGAGCUGGAGCUUCAGGUGACCGAUCUUUGCAAGGAAAACGUCUGUCUUAAAGAUCAGCACCAGCGGCACCUGGACACCUGCAGACUCCAGCAGAGGAACCAUUGCACCCUGGUACCCAUCAAGGAGAAUGUCAUGCAAGAAAAGCGACAUGCCUCAUUUCCUGUAGAAGUCUCAGAGAUCCCUCUAAGCCUUAUUGCCCCUCCAUGUAGAAGAAGUUACCCCUGUCGGAAAUGGAAAUCUGCAUCUUUUGGGUAA